AUGUAGCCUCAAUUACCAAAAAUUCAUGAUAGAUCAUUAUAAUAUGGUGAUAAUCCAUUCUAUGUUCCAGAUGAAUAUGAGAUAUUCAAAUUGAAAGAAAAAUCAAAAUUAGCUAGAUCUGAAGAAAGAGUUAAAUUUUCAAAAUUGAAGAUUGAAGAUAAGAGUAAAAAAUAAAAAGGAUUUUUCACUGUUAGAACAAUAGAUCGUUUGGGAAGUGAAGAAACAUCAUUUGAUAGAGAAGAAUAAGAUAAGAUGUAUGAAUUAAAUAUAAUUAAAGUAAUAUUGUUGAAGCUGCUAAUAAUGCAUUAAAAAAUAGAGUUAAAUUUAGAGAACCUAUGCAUUAAUUUUUAGAAAAGAAAAGAGAAAUGUUAUUAUUUUAAAUGCUAAUUGAUUAAAAAAGAGAAAUGAUUGAUGUUUAUGAGAAGUAAGCUAGAUUUCAUAGAAAAGGUUUAGAAUAAAGUGAAUAAUUAAUUGAUGAGGAUAUUGAAAUGUUCAAUAAAUUUUUAGAAGCUAAUAAUAAUAGUUCUAGAGAUGCAAUUAAAGAAGCAGAAAAUGAAACUAGAUUGAAAUAAGAAAAAACUAAUGAAAUUAAAGUGUUAUAAGAACAUAGAACUGAAUUAAUGACUAAAAAUUAAUAAAAAGUAGAUAAUUUAGAAGAUCUCAUAAAAUACAAAAAUUUUUUAGACAGAAUAACUCCAAAAGAAUUUAAAAAAAAAAGUAGAAAAUUAUAAAACAAAAUCAAAAAUAAAAAUAAUCUUUAAGAAAAUUAAAUAAGUUCUGAUUUAUAAAAAAUAUUAGAUGAUUCUGAUGAUGAAUUUGAUUCAUAUUUUAAAGAUCCAAAUUAAUUAUUUGAUAUUUUUUAAUAAUUGGAAGAAAGAAAUCUUUUUUUAAUAGCCAAUACAAAAGAAAGAGAAUAAAUGGUUGAAGAAUUGAGAUCUAAAGUAGAUUAAAAAAAGAAGUAAUUAGAGGAUAAGAAAUAAAAUGCAAUUUAAAAUAGAAUAGAUUUAGAAAAAUAAAUAAUUACAAUAAAUGAUUAAAUUAAGACUUUAAAAAGUAUAAAAAGUGAUAAUGAGGGAUUUGAAUCUCUUCGUAAUUUAGAAUAGAUGAUUUCUAGAAUGUAUAAAACAGAUUUAAAUCCAGAACCAAGAAAGGAUAUGUCAGGAUUAGAAAUGUUAAGAGAAACAGAAAGAAAAUUAGAAUAAUAUAUUUUAGAAAUAAAAAGAUAUAGAUAAAUAGCACCAGAUUUAGUAUUAGAUAAAGAAAAAGGAUGUAUAAGAAUUAAGAAGGAAAAAAUGAAAUAAGAAAAAUAAGAAUAAGAUAUAAUUGAGAUGUAGAAAAAAUAAUAAGAAUAAUAAAGAGAGAUUAUUAUUUAAAAAAGAUAUGGAAGACCAAUUAUGAUAAGAUCAUGGCCACCAAAAGAAGAAAAAGAAGAAUAAAUAGUAACUGAAAUUAGUGAAGAAGAGAAAGAGAGAUUAAAAUAUUUUACAUGA